UUUUCAUCUGUGUUCUAAUCUAAACUCUAACCUAGAAUAUCCAGAAAACCGAAGAGAAUUUAUUAUUAAAUAUAAAUAUACCCAUGAAUUAAUAUAUUAUUGGAAAAUCUUUAAAAAUUUUCAUACAGAUACAAUGUUAACAUUUUUUUCAAGAUUAUUUCCAGCAGCUAAUAUAAUAUCAACAGAAUGGAGAGCCUUGACAACUGCUGUAAAUACACAAAUUAGAGAACGGGGUGAUAAUUUUCGUUGUGCUGAAUCAAAUCCAUCGAAUCAUUCUGCGGAUCACAUAGCUCAGUUUUAUUCUUUACCAAAAAAUGAUGUACAAACCCUCUUUACUCAUGGGGGACUCCCGAAAUUAUUCAAAGAACAGUGCAAAACUUUCAAUGAAACUUGUAUCAUGAUACGUAAACCAGCUAUAGAUGUUAUUAAUUCCUUGAAAAUUAUUGAUUAUAAUAAACCAGCUUAUAGAUUCGUCUUAUAUGGUGUAAUGGGCAGUGGAAGAUCAUUGUCAUUGGCACACAUCAUUCAUUAUGGUCAUAAAAAUGGAUUUUUACUCGUACAUGUUCCUUGGGUAGGAAACUGGAUGAGACGUUGUAGGGAAACAAGUAAUGCUGUUAUGGAAGAAGGUCUUAUAGAUAUAAAUAUUGAUGCAGCAAUGUGGCUAACACAUUUCAAGACUCAAAAUGAGGAAUUAUUAAAAGAUGAGCAAUUUAAAGUAAGCCAGGAUUACAUAUGGAAUAAAAGAGAGAAAACUGCUCAAAAUGCUUCCUUAUUGGAAUUGAUUGAUUUUGGUAUCAAUCGAAUAAAGUAUGCUUCUUCUUGUAUUGUUGUAUUGGCUGAAGAAAUUAAAAAGUUAUCAAAAUCUGGUGUUUGUAAGACGUUGGUAGCAAUAGAUGGCUAUAAUGCAUUUUUUCAUCCUAAAACCAGAAUCUUCAAGGAGAAUAAAGAGAUUGUACAUCCACAUAAGGUUACAGUUACAAAGGCAUUUUUAAGUUUGACAAAUUUUGAUUGGAAUAAUGCAGGAAUUGUUGUAACAGUAGAUGCACUUGCCAUGGGAGAACCGAAUCCUAAGUCCUUUUUGCCUAAGUUCUUGUUAGGAAAGGAAGGAUUUGAACAUUUGGAUCCUUUUAUACCUGUUGAAGUGGAGAAUUACUCAGAAAAAGAAUUUAUUAGCUGUAUUGAUUAUUAUAAUGACAGAAAGUGGAUACAGCAAUAUUAUCCCGAAUUGAGGAAUGAAUUAUCAUUUGUCAGUAAUAAUAACCCUUUUAAAUUACAGGAAAUAACAGGACCAUUGUAAAUAUGAUAAUAAAAUGAAAUAAAUGCAA